CGCGCAGCCACAGACGGGAGAGAGGUAACUAACGCGUUUAGUCGAUUAUCAGACUUCCUCAAACAGCAGGUGGAUGGACGUUUAGUGGCGUUCAUUUAAGCUUUGGAGCAGCGUUAAGCAGACGGAUGGGCUCCAGCUCCUCUAAAUGGCUAAUCUCGAACUGUUUUACUUUGACCAACCGGAUCCCAGAGACUCCACCCUGGUUUUAAAAAAUCCAACUAUCCCCGAGCUCAGCUGCUGUGGCAGCACAAACGGAGAAAAGUCGCUUCAUCCCGGCGGAGGAGACGCUUCAGCACCACGGACAGAGACACCGAGACCCGCGUGGCUGGAGCACGAGACCGAAACAUCCUUCACAUGCAAACAGCAACAUGAGGAAGAAGAGGAGGAGGAUGUCCUGCUGAUAGAGACAAGUUCAGUAACCUGCAGACUGAGUCAGAGCUCCUCAAGUGAGCUGUAUGAGGAGGAGGAGGAGAUGGAGGAGGAAGAGGAGGAGUACCCGGAACUUUACUUGUUGUCCGAUGAGGAGCUGUCCUCUGACGGCUCAGGGAAGUCUGUGGAUUAUGGUUUCAUUAUCGCGGUGACAUGCCUAGUGACGGGAAUCUCUCUGGUCGCCAUAUCGUACACGGUGCCCCGGGAGAUCCGCGUUGAUCCGGACAGCGUCUCCGCCCGGGAGAUGGAGCGUCUGGAGAGGGAGAAAGCGCGAGUGGGGGCCCAUCUGGACCGCUGUGUGAUAGCGGGACUGUGCUUGCUCACCCUCGGGGGUGUGCUGCUCUCAACCCUGCUUAUGAUCUCCAUGUACAAGGGAGAGAUGAUGAGGAGGAAAGCCUUCGCUUAUUCCAAACACGCAGCCAAGUUGUAUGGCUCCAUCAGUCUGAGAGCAGGGUCCAGCCCCACCCGGGAGUCCUGCUCACAUUUGUCAGCAGCUGAUGAGGAUUUAGAAGUGCUCAGCUGA